UGACUGGUUGGUCAUGUUCACGCGGAGGUACAGUUGAAGACUCUGGAGGAAGUCAGCUAACAAGCCUCGUCCCUUCCCUUAAACUGACGCGAGCUGCUGUGUUGUCGUUGUUAGAAGUGAGUGAGGUUUGGUGAUGUUCUCCGGGAGUUUGCUGGUGUGUUUGCUGGCCGUGUUGCAGCUCGGCUCCCGGGCUCAGUACGCUCCUGAUGAGGUGACGUACCUGCCAGGUAUGACGUUCAAACCCAACUACCGACAGUGGUCAGGGUACCUCCAGGCACGGCCGGGGAAGUUUCUCCAUUACUGGUUUGUGACCUCUCAGAGGGACCCAGUCAAAGACCCUGUGGUCCUCUGGCUGAAUGGAGGUCCUGGCUGUAGCUCACUGGAUGGAUUCCUGUCAGAGAAUGGACCAUUUCAUGUGAAUGAUGAUGGAGCCACACUGUAUGAGAACACAUUGAGCUGGAACAAGAUUGCCAACUUGUUGUAUCUAGAAUCUCCUGCAGGAGUGGGAUAUUCCUACUCUGAUGACCAAAAAUAUGCAACCGAUGAUGACCAGGUAGCUGAUGAUAAUUAUAAAGCCCUCCAGAGUUUCUUUGUCAAGUUCCCCAAUUUCACUCAAAAUGAUUUCUUCAUCUUUGGAGAGAGUUAUGGUGGAAUUUACGCACCAACCCUCAGCCUGCGCGUGGCUACAGGAUCUGCCAAAAUCAACUUCAAGGGCUUUGCAGUGGGAAAUGGUAUCAGCAGUUUUGCCCUCAAUGACCAAGCUUUGAUCUACUUUGGUUACUAUCACGGCCUCUUUGGAGAAGAUUUGUGGCGUGAUCUGAACAUAAAUUGCUGUGAGAAGGGGAGCUGUAAUUUUUACAACUCCAGUUCAGAGAUGUGCAAUAAGCUGGUGACCAUGGCUUUUCAUAUUGUGUAUGAGAUCGGACUUAAUGAGUAUGCCCUCUACUUGGAUUGUGAGGGGCAGAGAAGAUCCCACAGAGGCUAUGAGAGAACCAUGAGUCAUCUGUUUAAGAACUGCAGGAAAAAUCCUCAAGGCCACAAAUUUUCAGACAGAGCGACUCCCUUCGUGUCUCUGGGUGAAGUUCCUCCCUGCAUCAACAGUACGGCUCAGAUGAACUGGCUGAACAGAGGCGAUGUGAGGAAAGCUUUACACAUUCCAGAUACGCUGCCACCGUGGGACAUCUGCAGUGAUAUUGUUGGGGAGCAUUACACCACCCUGUACACAACUGUGAAGGAGGUGUAUCUGAAGCUGCUCUCUCUGGGCGUGCGGGCGCUCGUCUACAAUGGAGACACUGACAUGGCCUGCAACUUCCUGGGAGACCAGUGGUUUGUGGAGGACCUUGGCCUGAAGGCAACCACUAAGUAUCAGAGCUGGAUUCAUGAAGACCAGAUUGCCGGUUUCUACCAACAGUUUGGAAACAUAACUUUCCUGACAGUCAAGGGUGCCGGUCACAUGGUUCCUCAGUGGGCUCCAGGUCCAGCUUUCCACAUGUUCCAGUCAUUCAUAACAAAUGGCUUCUACUGAGUCAUGAAAAAGAUGAGUAUGUGUGUAGAGUGUCAAAAAAAAAUAUGUGAAUUAUUUGGAAUGACCAGGUUUUCCAGACUGAUAAAUGUAGACAAGCACAGUGUCCCUAAGAUAAUAUCACACCAACAAUUAUACUCUUUGUUGAAAACACCCACCAAACAUUCACAGUGCUGGUAGAAAAAGUAAGUCAACCUUUGGAUUUAGUAACUAGUUGAACCUCCUUUGGCAGCAAUUCCCUAAUUGCCUAUUAAGGUCUGGGCUCUGACUGGGCCACUCCCUACAGGUGGAUUUUCUUCUUUUGAAGUCAUUCUGUAGAGCUGCUUCAGCAGGUGGACGAGUGUGUCCAGGUCCAGAGGCAGCAAAACACCAAAUCAUGAUGCUCCCUCCACUGUACUUCACCUCUGGGAUAAUGUUUUCAUGUUAGUAUGCAGUUCCUUUUUUCUUUUUCUUUUUUUUUACACCAUAGUUCUUUAUCAUAGUUUUCAUAAGCAUUAGUUUCAUCACUCAUCAUCAUUUGCGUAUGGUCGACUCAUGAACAGAGCUGUUAACCAGCGCCAAUCAUUCCUUUGAACCUUUAGGUGUUACUCUAAGGUUCUUUGGUACCUCACUGAGCAUUCAUCUUAGCAGGGCGCCCUCUUCUAGGUAGAGUAGUCACAGAACUAAGUCAUCUCCAUUUAUAGACUGUGGACUGAUGUAUAUCUAAACUCAAGAGUCAUCUCCCCUUUCAGCUUUAUGCAAAUCAACAGUUCUUGAGCUCUUUUUUGCAAGGCGUGUUUCACAGCCGCAGAUGUUUCUUCUGAACAUAAAACUCAAUAUGUUGUCUGUUCGUUUGUUAACCCUAACCCAUACUCCCUGUCUGGUUUCAGUGGUUGGACUCCUGAUAACUCCUGACUCCAAUUUGCUUUAGUAGAUGUCAUUAGCUAAGAGGUUCACACACUUUUUCCAGCCUACACUGUCAAUGUUUGAAUGAUAUUUUCAACAUGGACAAGAAUAGUACAAUGAUUUGUGUGUCAUCAGUUAAGAUAGAUUGUGUUCAGAAUUGUAACUUGGAUGAAGAGCCGACCAUAUUUUAGGACAAAUUCAUGCAUUCACUGACUAUUUCCUGCCACUUGUAUAUAAACCUGUACUGGCCACUUGUUAGAUGGUACAUUUUUCUCAGGGAAGAUGAAUUUAGAGGGAAAAGGACUGUUAAAGCAGCUAUUAUUUUUCAUUGUUCUUGCAGUGCUGUGUGUUGACUCUUCUCUGCAUCACAUUGGAUUUGAGAUGCAACGAUUCAACUGCCAAUUUUGAGAUUUGAGGAUGUUUACGUCUCUUUACUAGGUGAACAUUGUUGGAAUUACAGCCCUUUAUACAAUGUCCCUCUAUUUCAAAGGAUCAAAACUUACCAAACAAGUUAACAAACUUGAAUAAUCAUGCUUAAGUCACUUUUUUGGCUUCAGUCUGGUCUUUAGCAAAGGUGAAACACAGGCUUAUUUGGAUUGAGAUUAACUGACUGAUUUGGUCAUUUAAGGACAGUCUGUUUGGCUCAAACUAUAUUUUGGUUCAGAUUAUUGUCCUCAAGGUAUGUGUAAAAGGGCUGCACUUCCUACACUGAUCACACAAUAUGAAUGUGAAAAGCUUUUCUUUCUUUUUUUAAUCUGUGUUUUACGCCUUUUACACUGUAAAGCCAGUAUUGUGAAUACAUAAAGCCAAAACAGAGUCUUUGUCCAGAUACAUAGCACAUUGUACUGUACUUUUAAAUAAUGCUUUUCUCUGUGGCACUGAUGUAAAGCAGAAUGUUUGUUUUUGUCAUAUCAAUAUUUUCAGCAAAUGUAAAUGAUACAAGGUGAUUGAACAUUGUCAGUAAAUUCAGAGCAAACUGUCUUGUUAAAAACUGCAACUUAACUCAUCAUUUGUCUUUUAAUUAAAUGUUUUGUUGAACUGCCA